AUGUCUCGCCCAGACCUUUCUUCUAUAUUCCCUCUCGAGGGCGGCUGUGCCUGCGGCAACAUCCGGUACUCCCUCAAUGCCUCGCCCCUCGUCGUACACUGCUGCCAUUGCACUUGCUGCCAGCGUGAGACCGGCACCGCCUUCGCACUCAACGCCGUGGUCGAGGGAGACCAGGUGACUCUCCUUCCAAGUGCUCCUUCCGCCCCAUGGCUCCAGCCAUUGGCGUCCUUUCCCGAAUCCGUUCGCGAUAGCUGGACCCCCAAGAGACUUAGACCCGGCGUAAGCCAUGACACCAAACAGGCGGGCAGCUCUGGCGUUGAGACCAGCGACAAGUUCGAAAAAGACAUUCCUUCACCCGUUCUCCUACCCGUUCCUUCAGAUUCAGGUGUCCUGCAGCACAUCGCUCGCUGCCCCGUCUGCUUUGUGCCCGUCUGGAGCAACUACGGCGCUGGCCCUUUGAUCAAAUUCGUUCGUGUCGGUACCCUCGACCGCCCAGCUCUGCUGCGCGGCCCGGACGCCCACAUAUUCAUGCGUAGCAAGCAAACCUUUUUCGAGGUCGCUGACGAUGGAAAGCCUUGCUUCAAAGGGUUUUACCCGACUAAAGAGGGCGUGUGGAGUCCUGAGGCCUUGGCUCGUCAGGAUAAGCUUCUUGUCCGUAUUCUUGAGUGGCGGAAGGAGAACGGCCUGGACGGAUAG